AUGGCCCAGUACAACCGAGGAGAUGCUGCUUUGGGUGUUGCGGUUAUUGGUAUUAUGUUUGCAUUUUUUAUCCAUUGCUGGUUGCCCUGUGUCAUAUGUUUUGGCGUUAUAGGUUUCGUCGUGUGCAUUAUCAACAAAAAUGUCAUAGAGGAAAGGGAGAAUGCCAUGCGGCUCCAUCAAAUGGCCAUCCAACAGUCAAAUUCUAAUGUAAACGUCUAA